UAUUCCUUCAUUUCCUUCGAGCAGCUAGCUUGUCAAUCCAUCCAUUAGUGGCAAAUUAAGAAGCUUAAUUCUAGCCUUCUCCUUCUGAUUCUGAACGUGCAGUAGUGCACAUGGCCGCUUCGUCUUGCUUCCCAUUAGCUGCUCGCUGCAGCUUCUUGCUCAUGGGAGCACUGGUCUUAGCGCUGAGCUACGGAGCCCAGGGUCAUGGCGGUGCCGGUGUCGGGUUGAGCUCGUCCUUCUACGACGACUCGUGCCCCGGCGUGCACGACAUUGUUCGGCGCGUCAUCCAAAGAGCCCGCGUUGUUGACGCGCGCAUCCCAGCCAGCCUCAUCCGCCUUCACUUCCACGACUGCUUUGUUCAGGGCUGUGACGGCUCGCUUUUGCUGGACAACGACCUUCCGGCGAUCAUGACCGAGAAGGAGGUCCCUGCCAACGACAGGUCAGCGCGUGGGUUUGAGGUGGUUGACGACAUCAAGCGUGCAUUGGAGAACGCAUGCCCUGGCAUCGUGUCCUGUGCCGACAUCCUCGCCCUUGCCUCCGAGAUCUCUGUCAAGAUGGCUGGAGGGCCGCGCUGGAGUGUGCCGCUAGGCCGCCGUGAUGGCACAACCACAAAUAUCGAGAGCGCCAACAAUCUCCCGAGCCCCUUCGACUCUCUGGAGACGAUCCAGGAGAAGUUUAGAAACUUGGGCCUCGACGACACUGACCUUGUCGCCCUCCAAGGAGCACACACCUUUGGGCGGGCGCAAUGCCAGUUCACGCAACAGAACUGCAGCGCUGGGCAAGAUGAGGAGACGCUGGUGAACCUCGACACAGUCACCCCCGACGUCUUCGACAACAAGUACUAUGGCAACCUCUUGCGCGGCCAUGCUCCUCUCCCUUCGGACCAGGUAAUGUUGUCUGAUGAUCGUGCCGUCACGACCACCGCUCCGAUUGUUCACAGGUUCUCCGUGAGUCAGAAGGACUUCUUCAAAAAUUUCGCGACCUCGAUGGUCAAAAUGGGGAACCUAAGCCCGUUGACCGGAAGGGCUGGGGAGAUUAGGAACAAUUGUCGGAGGGUGAACAAAAAAGCCUAUUGAUGAAUGAGAUUGAUGUUAUGAGUUGUGAACUCGUAAUCCUUGUGUAAAUCAUUCUUUUAGUUCAUUCAACUGUAAAGUUUUAUCUUAUUGUUAUUUUGUGUAAAAAAA